UCUCAACUUCCCGGCCGCCCUCGAGCCGCGGCUUGUGCUGUGUGGGUCGGGCGACGACGACGACGACAAUGACGCUUUGAGCGCGUCCGUAAUUUCUAUUUUUCGUACUCUUCUAUGGGCGUCCAACUCGGCUUCUGCCCUUAUAUUUUCGGGGAAAAAAAGUGAAUCUCGUGUUCCGGUCGACAUCAACUUCUUGGUGUGGUGUGGCACACCAGCGCAUGUCGACCGACGUUGAUGGAUGAACCGACGGUGCCUACACGCGUGCUUGUCUCCGGUUGUGGGCUCACACCAGUGCCAAAAUCUGUCAUGUGCUAGUAUGGAUCCUGCAUCACCUGCAGUACUACUUUGAUGUAAGUCUGUCACGGACAAGUAAGGCCUUCGCCUCUCACUCCUCUCCUAUGCAUUCCUCCUCUCGCUCUGCCUCCCCACAACGAAAAGGCUUCGACGGUUGCUUGCUUGAUUUGGGCCGGUUCCCGUCGAUCGACUGACUUGGAGCUAUAACUAGUGAGAUCGUCGAUGGGGAAGAAAGGUCUGGUGGUGGUGACCAGCAUCCUCGCCGUGCUGACGGUCGUGUUUGGAGUCAUCAGCGCGGUUCUCUUGGCGCUGAAACAUCAUCAAGAUGACCAUGGCGAGUUCUCUACGUACCGGCGAUCGCCGGCGAUGCCAUGCGGUGUGGUGGCAGCCAUCUUGGCGUCGAUGACGCAGAUUCUUGCCAGCGUGGCCAUCUGCUGUUGUGGGGCAUGUCGGAUGACUAAGGGGGCCAAGCGCAUCGCCGCGGUGGUCUUCUUCAUCACCUCAUGGGUCCUCGCGAUCAUAGCGGUGCUACUAUUUCUGACGGGCGCCAUGUUGGGAUUUGAAGGCUCUGCAAAGAAAACCGUUGGGAAUGCUAGGAUUGUCGGAGGUGUCGCAAUUUUUGUGAUCGCGACGUUUUUGUUUCUCGUAGUUGCCGCCCUUGAUGUUGCCUCGUACCGCCUAGUUCGGAAGAAGGGCCAGUACCAAGCAUAUGUUGGCAGUAAUCCUCCUUUUGUGCCAUCUAAAGACGCUCCCUACGGUUCUGCUCCUCCACCGCCAAAUCAAGUCUAAGGUUAGCUCUGCCACCAUGGCAUGGUUGUCUUUGCCUUCCAAAGGAGGAGCGUGCUGUAUGGACCGUGGUAGGUGGAAGGCGUAGGCUUUGACCCAUGCUACCAUUUUGCGUGUUUUGUGUGUUUGUUACGGUUUCAUUCAAAUCACGAGAAAGAAUUCAAAAGUU